UCCUUCCCUUUUCGCUGUCCCUGCGGCCGUGACUUGAAGUAAGAGUCCAGGAUGAGUUAUGCAGAAAAACCUGAUGAAAUCACGAAAGAUGAAUGGAUGGAGAAACUUAAUAACUUGCAUAUCCAGAGAGCAGACAUGAAUCGCCUUAUCAUGAACUACCUUGUUACAGAGGGCUUUAAGGAAGCAGCAGAGAAAUUUCGAAUGGAGUCUGGAAUUGAACCCAGUGUUGAUUUAGAGACUCUGGAUGAAAGAAUAAAAAUCAGAGAGAUGAUAUUGAAAGGGCAGAUUCAAGAAGCCAUUGCAUUAAUAAACAGCCUGCAUCCAGAGUUGUUAGAUACAAACAGAUACCUUUACUUCCAUUUGCAGCAGCAGCAUUUGAUCGAGCUGAUUCGGCAGCGUGAGACAGAAGCGGCUCUGGAGUUCGCUCAGACCCAAUUAGCGGAACAAGGCGAGGAGAGCAGGGAGUGCCUGACAGAAAUGGAGCGCACGCUGGCUCUGCUCGCCUUUGAUAAUCCUGAAGAAUCCCCGUUUGGAGACUUGCUUAACAUGAUGCAGCGACAGAAGGUAUGGAGUGAGGUUAAUCAAGCUGUUCUAGACUAUGAAAAUCGUGAAUCGACACCCAAGCUGGCAAAAUUACUGAAACUACUACUGUGGGCUCAGAAUGAGCUGGACCAGAAGAAAGUGAAAUAUCCCAAAAUGACAGACCUCAGCAAGGGGACAAUUGAAGAACCCAAGUAAAGCGUGUGCAGAUGGACAUCAAACAAUCAUAGUACUGCACAGGAUACAUUUAUAUCAGUCUGUGACUGAAAUAUUUUUACUACAGUACAGCACUCAAUUCAGAUUUUUCAAUGAACAUCGAAUUUGAAGGGAGAAAAGUCCCUUUUAAAUGCUGCAAAAACUGCAUUGAAAGGCGCUGUAUCUCUUUGAAAGUCUGACUUAGGCUAUGCACUAUAAUACAUUUUUAAAAAACAAAAAAAUCACAAAACAAUUAAACAGGACAGAAAAAAAAACAUUUUUAAAAGUUCAGAACUCAAGCUUUCUAAUUAGCUACUGAUGCCUAGUUUAGUGGCCAGUGAGUUAAUACAGUUAUAUUGGCAACUCUUCAGUUCAGUUUAUCUGUCUCCUGUUU